UAGACUAACAGGUAAGAAGAAAAUGUCAAUAAUUGCAAACAAUUCUAAUUGUUUAUCGGUUUUCUAUCAAUGGGAGAGAGAGAGAAAAAAUAGAAUAGAACAAAAAAUGAACCAUGAAAAUCGCUCACUGAUUUUGCUCCAACAAAGAAAAUGGUUGAGCCUUGGAACCGAAUCUCUGGUUUUCUAAUGUGUUUAUCUCUCUGCUAAUUCUUGAUUGUUGUUUAUUUUUCUUUUCUCCAUCAAUCACCAAAUUGAAAUAAUCAAUUUCCACUGGUUAACAUUUCAUUCCAGUAGAUGAAUAAGUAAAUUUAUCUAAUCUUUUGGUUGUUCAACUUAACUACAUUAUCUCCUCUCAUCUAAUCAUCAUCAUCAUCUGUAAUUAAACCUCAUUUUGAGUUAAUUGUUUGUGACAUUGUGUUGAUUGUGUUGAUUGCUUUCUCAUCUAACAACUAUAAUAAUAAACAGUUGAAUAUAUAAACUGAAAUGAUUACGAAAUUGUGAAAUGGUUCAGUUAAUUUCUUGCUACUUGAGGAAAACAACAACAACAACAACAACCAUUGGAUUCAAUUGGUAACCAUCAUAAAGGGAAAAACAUCAAUAAAGAGUAAAAAUUAUUAUUCUAAUUGUGAUUCUCUUUGUUUUCUGUUUUAAAUUGUUUGAGUAAUUUAAAAUUAGAAUCAACAAUUAGCUCUCUUCCUCCUUUUGUGCAACAUUUUAAUUCCAAUUGCCGGUUAUUAUUUUACUGUUAUCAACAAUUUACUUUUCUUCAUUUACUCCAAUUGAAUUGAUUUAAUUUUCUUCUAUAUUCUCAUUCACCUGACGGUUUCAUCUUCUGUCUUCAUCAACCUCUUCUCUCUCUCUCUCUCUCCUUUACAUCAUUUUACUUUAAUUGUUUUGGAUGGUUAAUCAUUAAAUGAUCGAUUCUCAGAUGAUUGUUAUUCCAUCAACUGUUGUGUAUCUUUUUAAUUGUUACCAUUUAGUUAAUUUCCAAUGGCCUUUUCUUUAAGUUCACCUAAUCAUCACUCUAACCAACAACCGAUCUCAUUGGUUAAAAAUUCACCAAGAAAACGGUUACCAUCAUCAUCGCCUCUUUUGGCUUCCAUUAAUGACGCUUUUCAGGCUAAAUGUGCUAAAGAAUUAAACAAAUUACGUUCCAAUUGUCGAAAGACUUUACAACAAGAUUUAACAAGGUUAUUGGAUAAAGAGACUCUUGCUGAUACUUUCAUCGAAGGCGAUACCUUUAGGAAAUCUUGUCAUAGCUGCUUAUUGGCUUCUCGAGUUCCACUUUUCUAUUCACAUUUGGUUAAUUAUUUUGAUUACACUGUUACCAAACAUUCACGUAAAGGAUUCAAUUCCUAUCGACUUCCGUCAACAAUUGACUGUAAAGAGAUUACUGACUUUCUAUCUAAAGUUUAUUGCCAUGAAGAUAUUAGUCUAGAGGAGACAUUGAUUAUUGAUAAAUUACGAGAUCAUAUUACUAUUAAUAUGACAUCAGAAUCUGGUAUUGAUAAAAAGUCAAUCUCAUCAUCCGGUGGAGAUGAACUCAAUCCAAUUGGUAUCAACAAUAAUGACCUAGUUCGAGAUGAUAGUCUCGAUGAUAUUAAAGAAUCUGGUAAAGGGGAUAUCGACAAGGAUAGUCUUAAACCCUCGGAUAGUUUGGAGCUUGUUACUGAUUCCUUGAAUAAUAUUAGCCUUUCAUCGGAGGAUAAUAACAAAAAUGACCAUCAGAGUACCGAUUACGAGGAUAGUUUGGCCACUAGAACCAAGGAACGUGAAGAUGGAGGAUUAACUUCAAGUGGUUCGAGUCAAAUGGUUAGAAGUGGGACUUUUGAUCGACUCUCAUCAAUUCCCCUUGAAGAUUCAUCGCGAAAAGAUAUUCCUGAGGAGAAAUUAGUUUACAACAAUGAUGCCGAUCAAAUGUUUAAAUUGAUUGAAGAGAAACCGAUGUUGGUUAACAAUUUACGACAUAAAAUUGAUUCAUUCGAGUUAAAUUUAAAUUGCAUUCCUAAAGAUUGUUCAUCAACCAAAGAUUCCCUCGAAAAUGAGGAAGCGAUUGUAAAUGAUGUUGAUGUUAUCACCCCAUUGGCCGAAGCAGCGGAAAGUUUGACCACUCGAUCUCAGAGUAGUUCAUUGUUCCAAUUUUUCGUCGAUAUGGAUUCAAUGUCUGCUAGUUUACCGAAUUGUCAACCAAGUACCAAAGAAGAAAAGACAAAUAAUAUGACCUCUUCGGGCUUUAUGUUCAUCGAUUUAAACUCUGUUGGUACUGAUGGUGGUUCAGAACAAAAAUCUCGAACAAUUGAACGGGACAAAAACAAAACUAAAGUUAAUUCAAAAAAAGAUGAAGGUGAAAGGAGUAGUAAAAAUGAUUCCAUACUCUCGAUGAAAUUAUCAACCUCCAGGUCAACUCGAUGUAGGUCAAGUCAAAGCGAUGAUAAUAAUAAUAAUCAACAAUCGCUCGAAAAGAGUAAUCAACAAAUUGGUAGUCACCUGAUCUCAGGAAAAUCAAUGAAUUACCAUCGACAAGCGAGUUGCUCAUCUGGUUUAAGAGGUGGACCAUCGACGACUGAUCGUAACUUUUUACAAAUCAAAAAUCGAAACAAAAAUUUUAAUCGACAAUCAUCAUCACCGAUGAGCUCAAUGGACAGUGGAAUGUUAUCUUCCCUCAAUUCAGAAAAUCCCCAUGGAGAUGAAGAAGAUUGGUUAUUAAGUAUUAAAACGAAUCGAACUCGAACCAAUAAACCAUCAAGUUCUCUUUGGAUAUCGACCGGUGAAGGUCAACCGGAAAGUGAACAAUAUGAUGAUACAAGUUGCAAUAAACUGAAUUCCAUAGGAUCUAAACAAAAACAUCAACUAAUAACAUCGGCAAAUAGUUCAACGUUUAGUGAUAACAACAACAAUGAGAAUUCAAGUGUUGACAACAACGAUAAUAACGAAAUGUAUAAGCGUACAAUUAACGCGUGCUCCAAAUUGGGUGAAGAUUUGCUUCAAAUGUACAUGAACAAUAUUAACUCUGACAUUACCAUUAAAGUGGACAAUUCAAGCAGUAUUAAGGCUCAUAAAUGUAUCCUGAUCGCUCGAAGUCCAUACUUUGCGGCCAUGUUUUCCGGUGAAUGGCGCGACUCAAAGACAUCAACUAUUACCCUUCAAGGAUUUAGUUAUACCUCCGUUCACUUUGCUUUAUGUCACAUUUACAGUGGUGCCUUAAACAUUCCCGACGAUGAUAAUCUAAACCUCGCAGAGUUGGCCUUACUUUCCAACCUAUUGGCUCUUGAUACACUUCGAGAUGUUGUCAUCUAUGAAUUGGAAAAAACUUAUUGCCACUUUUUCCAUAAACCAUGUAACGAUUGUAUCGUAGGCAUAGUCGAUUGUCUAAUCGUUUCCUCCGAGUGUGGAUUCUCAACCCUCCAUCAAAAGUGUCUCACCUGGUCAGGUAAACAUUUUGGUCGCCUCUGGCCAACUCGUUCCUUUGCUUGUCUACCCAGUUCCAUAUUAAACUCGUGCUUCCAAAGUACGAUACACUCAAUGACACCUAAAUCGAUCAUCGAUGUAAUUUUAAAUGUUGACCGAUUAGCGAAAACAACACCAAAGGUCAAAUGGGCUGAACCAAUUUUCUCACUUAUCGGCCGUUUAAUUGAACAAUGUGUUAACUUUGUGGCCGGAAGUUACGAUCUAAUCGUGGCCAGUGAUUCUUUCAUCUCCUUGGGACGAGGUAACUCCUGGAAUAUUUCCGCUCUUGAGGAAACUUUUCUCGCCGCCAUGAACAACCUUACACCGGACACGGCCUGUAAAACGCUGGUCAAGUUAAAUAACAUCAUCUCAAUCGCAGAGAACGAGAAAGCCUUUGGUUAUGGUCCGUACGCUGAGCCCUAUGUUUCCCUUGUUCGUAAAAUGUAUCGGCACUGUGAACGUUCAUUGGUACAGAAUGUUAACCAGGCAGUUAUCGCUCCCAAUUGGUCACUUUUACCACUCGAAGUGCAACAGAAAAUCAAAGACUCGGCAAUAAUUGUCUUCGAAUUUGAUAAGCCACUUGCACCACGACCACAACUUUCCAGUUCUCAGCUUCAAUCGUUGCGAGCCAAAAAACGUUCAUCAAUGAUCACUGAACAAUCAUCGACUUCAUCGGUGACCAAAUCAUCAACAUCCUCCGCUAAUUAUAAGACUGGUGGUACUCAUAGAUCACGAUUACGAAGUGGUGGUGAAUCGCGCAGUCAAGCUUCAUUAAAACGCUCAUCAAGUGAUCACAUUUACGAUGAAGUUACACUCGAAUCGGGUGAUCUUAUCGAUGGAGCUGCUUCCCUACCAGUCACAACAAUUAAGAAUGACCAUCGUUCCCGUCAUGAUAAUCACCGUAAUCGCUCAUCAUCUGGUCGACAUUCACGAGAUGGUUUGAGCUCAUCAACUUCAAAUGAUAACAAUAAUGAUUUAGUUGAUUCAUUAAAUUCAUCAAUAAACGAUGAACGUUAUUUAGAAACAGAAAAUCCUCGGAAAAUGAUUAACAAACAAUCAAACGUUAAUCGUCACACUAAAAGUCCACAAUCAACACCAUCUCGUCAAUCUAAUCAUCGUCCAUCCUCAUCUCGACCACGAACUUCAUCAGUAUCACGAUCUCUGGCCUCGAGACCACCAUUUAAAUAAUAUUUUAAAUGUUCAACAAUUAAGACAAACAACUUUGAACAAAAACCUUAAAUUGCUACAAAUUAAUCAACAUUCACAUGAAACCAAGAAUCUCAGUUACAAUUAACAAUUAGGUAUUUAGUUUAUACCUAUUGAGAAAUUGAUGCUUUUCAAUUUUGUCAAAAACAAAAUGCAAUUAACUUAAUCAUAAUUGACUUAACAAGUAAUUUAAUUAACCACGAGUUUACAACCAAUUAAGAAGCGUUCACCAAAAUAAAUCAAGUGCAAAUCAACCAAUGGACAUGAAAUCUAAUUGAAAAUCUUAAAGCAAUUAAAUGGCAGAUAAUCGGGAAAAAUGCAAUUAAGAAACUAAAUUUGAUGAUGAGCCAAUCAAAGGAAAAUUGUAUCAACAAUUAACAAAAAUAAAAAAGAAUCAAUAAUCAAGCCAUAUAAAUGGAAA